AUGUUGCCUUUGCCCACUGGUCGAAUGGGGGAUCAAUUGAUCCUGGAGGAAGAUCAUGAUGAAAGCUACAUACCUCAAGAGCAUGAAAUCCAAGAAUAUGCAAGAAUGAUUGGAAUCAAUCCGGACACAGAACCUGAACUUAUGUGGUUGGCUCGGGAGGGAAUUGUUGCUCCCUUGCCGGCAGACUGGAAACCUUGCCAGGAUGUGACCGGUGAUAUCUAUUAUUUCAACUUUGCAACUGGCCAGUCCACAUGGGACCAUCCCAUAGAUGAGCAUUAUAGAGAACUUGUUGCACAGGAGCGAGAUAAGGUCCAGGGUCAAGGUGGCGGAAAGAAGAAAGAGAAAAAGAAAAAAAAAGAAAAGAAAAAAGAUAAGAAACCAAAGGAUAUUCCCAGGCCUGUAUUGUCUCUUGGAUCUCCACUUGGACCUGUGCAAGGACCAGUGGGAGGUCUAGCUCCUCUUCGAACAGUGGGUGAUUCGGUUGGAAGCUCGGGAGGAAUGCGAGGAUCUCAGGGUAGCAGUACAGGGAGCUCUGGCGGAUUUGACAAUCUUUUAGGUGGAACAUCUGGUAAAAUGACAUCAUACCUCAAGACAGCCGCAGGGAAACUCUCAGAGGAAAGAGUGAGUCUCUCUCUACCUGGUUUGGCAGAGGAAGAUGAAAAUGGUGACCAAGAAAGUGAAGAUCAGAGCCCACGGGGAUCGGCUCGACUUCUUAAAAACCUGCAUAUGGACAUCGGAUCUCUGGGAGGUGGCUUUGAAUAUGAGGAGAGUGAACAGAAAGAGGAGUCUGCUGCAGCGAGCUGCACAGAAGAGGGCACAGAUCCAGAGCUGCAGAACCUUGGAAAAUCUGAGGAUGAAGAGGAGAGCCAGAAAGAGAGGAGAUUGAUGGGAAGUGGGAAUGUGCAUCCAUCUUCCCUUUCCGCUGCUGUUUCAUCACAAGCCGGCCAAGACUCCAGUGUGGGCAUUGAUGAGACUUUCCAGGCUGGAGAGUGUGAGUUGGCGCAUUGUUCUCCAGCUGAAAUGUCUGCACAGAAAGAAGAGCCUGUACCUAAUGUCUCUGACAAAGAAUCUAAGGAUGGAAAGGCAUCUGAAAACUCCGCACCUUCCAUGGCUGGAGAGCUGGGUUCUAGUGCCAGAGAUUGCAUCCAACAACAAGAUGAACGAGAUGAGUCCGAACCUAGCGAGGGCAAAAAAGAUGUUCCUAAAUUUAACAGCGAACUUGGAACCAUGGAUUUUCAAUUAGGUGUACAAUCCUUUGAAAAAGUUCUUGACAUUGCCUCGCUAUCUCCUGCUAGCCCAAAUGAAGCAGUAGAAGAGGAGAUAGAUGAAGAUGUGGAGAAGGAAAUUGGUGAUGACUAUAUGAAACCUAUUAAGGGACCACUGGAUAAGGUUCAGAGGCAAAUUCAUCCAGAUGCAAAGUAUGCAAGUGCUACUGUAGAACCAGCAUCUACAAAAGAACCUUUUAAAUUGUCCGCAGAGCUAUUCAGAAAUGGCAGCGAAUCCUCACAAAAUUCAGAGAAUGAAUCUAGGAAGAUAUCUGAAACCUCAAAGCAUACUGGACAGCUACCAAAACUUGUGGAUGAACUUCCUAAAGCUUCAGCGUACAAUUCCAAAAUGAUUGUUGAGCAGGAGAAAAGUGCUUUAGAAGAAGAGCAUAAACAGAAGCUGGAGAAUCUGAGAGAAAUGUUUAGCAAAGUGGAAGAGGAGAGGAAACAUACUCUGCAAGGACUCCAUAACAGUAACAUCAGAGCAUUGGAGGAAAAGCUGCAGAGAGAGUCUGAAGAGGAAGAAGCCAGGAUGAGAGAGGCACAGAAGCAGAGACUGCUCACAUUGGAAAAUGAACUUGUUAAAGAGAGACAAGAAGAAGAGCAGAAAAUUCGGAAACAGGAAUUGACAAUCAGCGAAGAACACAAACAGAUAUUACUAAAACUAGAGGAGAAGCUAUUGCAGGAAAGAAAUAGCUUCUCUGAAAAAUUUAAACUAGAAACAGAAAAUCUAUUGGAGCAAGAGAAAGCUACUAUCCUGCAUGAAAGAGAAAUUGCACUUAAAGAGCUGAGUACUAGGCUUGAACAGGAAACUAGAAUGGCUCUUGAGUUAUUGGAGAAUAACCAUAUGCUAGAACUGGAGCAACUUAAAGAAGCAGCUACAGAGAAGCACCAGAAGGAAAUGUCUGAUCUGCAGAAUGCCAAACCUUCAGUGCAGCUGACUGAAGUUUCCCAAACUCCAAGUCAUUUAUACCUUACUGAUAAAAAAAUGUUUCAUGUCUUGGACUUUGAAAAAGAGAUGAGUGAUCUCCUACAGGAAAAACGCAAUGAGGUACAGCGAGAACAUGAAAGGAAAUUAGAGCAUAUGAAAGAAGAACACAGGCAAGAAAUGGAAAAAGUGCGGAAGCAAUUUGAAGAGGAGGAGCAGACCCGGCGAUCACAGAUGCUGGAAAAGUUACAAGAUGAGUUAGGAAAGUUAGGGAGCCAGCAUGAAAAGGAGCUGGAAAUCCAACGAAAGGAGCAUGAAAGACGUCAGGAGGAAAGGCAGCAUAGCUACAGGGAGAAGGAAAAAAUUAUGGAAGAUUUGGAACAAAACCAAGAAAUUAGAAGAAAACAAAUUAUGGUAAAGAAAAGCCAACUAGAGCAGGAGGAAGAAGCAUUAAGAAUAAGAAAGGAAAAACUAGCAGAGAAAGAAAAGGAACUAGAAAGGAAGACAGAAAGUGUUAAUUUGCAAGAGAAUGCAGUAAAAGAGCAAAGAUGUCUAAAUGAUUUAAUAAAACAAACACGCAGAGAAUUAGAGCUGAUGCAAGGCCGGAAAUCUGAGCUGGAAACCCAAGUGGAGCAACUCCAGAGCAUCUACACUCGCCUCCAAGAGACAGCAAGUGACUUGGAAGGUGAAAUAAAAAGCAGCCAUGAAAAACUAAAAGAGUUCAGCAAAGAAGAAUUGAUGAACAAAAUGGAUUCAGAACUUCAGCUGGAGGAUCUGACAAAGACGAACAGCCCAAAUCAUACCUGUAACAUUCCUUAUUAUGCAGACAUUCCAAAACCAACUCUGUUCUCUACACCAAUCCCAGAAUUGCCCUCUGCCAUGGAUGACUUGCGUUAUUACAUUUCCUCCCACGGAGCAUCUAUAGAUAAAGCUAAAGAUAUUUUACGGCGGCAAACUCAUUCUAUGAGCCGACGGCAGACUCUGCUUAAGGCGGCUAAACAACAGUGGCGUCACAACAUGCAUGAGAGUCCUGACCCAGAGCAAGCUCACCAAUUACAAGGGAUCAGAAAAAACUUAGAGGAGGUAAUUUGUAAAUAUGUAACACUUUGG